UUAAAAUGUUGAAGACAAUGAUAAAUUACUACUUUGUAAUACGUGUAAUUUCUGCAGUAUCGGCCGAAGAUAUUACAAAAAUUGAACAAUAUGAGAGUCUUAUAAAAAAUGGUAUUACCAAGGCACUGAAUUUUAAAUUACCGAGUAAUGGAAGAAUGUACGAAGCAAAAAAUGAAACAAUAACGGACUGUGGAUCUUACGACUUUGUAAUUAUUGGAGGCGGUACAAGUGGAUCUGAUAUUGCCAACAGAUUAUCAGAAAAUGGAAACUGGAGCGUUCUUGUUGUUGAAGCCGGAAAUUUUACUGAUAACGGUUUUAUUCAAUUCCUCAGAUACUACGCACUUCACAGCUUUUCAGAUUAUAGUUGGGGAUAUAAGAGUACACCACAAACCAGUGCCUGCUUAGGUACCAUCAACCGACAAUGCAUGAUUCAUCGUGGAAAAGGUGUAGGUGGUACCAGCUUAAUAAAUGGCGCAAUAUAUAGUAGGGGUGAUCCCAAUAACUUUAAUGAUUGGGCGAGAAUUAUAAAAGAUCCUUCUUGGUCUUACAAAAAUGUUUUAAAGUAUUUUAAAAAAUCAGAAAACUUCCAUUUUACGAAUACAAAUGCAACAAUAGACAUGAACUACCACGGAGAUAAUGGUUUGAUGCAAGUGCAGCAUCGUUUACCAGAUUAUUUUCUCAACGAAGUGUUUUUGAAGGCUAAUGAAGAACUAGGUCUCCCUAAAACAGACUACAACGGCCCAACCCCAAUUGGAGGUUCGAUAUUUCAAUUAUCUUCAAAAGAUGGCGUUCGACAAGAUUUGGGUAGCAUAUUUGUAACACCAUUUCUAAAAAGACCCAACCUCGAGAUUUUAACAAAUAGUUAUGUUACCAAAAUAGAUAUAAACCCUAAAACAAAAUCUGCGGAGGGCGUCAUUUUUACAAACUCAGGAAAGACGUGCAGAGUUCAAACCAAAAAAGAAGUGAUACUUUGUGCGGGUGCCAUUUCAAGUCCACACAUACUUCUACUUUCCGGAAUAGGACCUAGAGAACACUUAGAGAAAGUUGGUAUACCAGUAAUUGAGUCCUUGCCGGUGGGAAACCGGCUAAAAGAUCAUGCAGUUUUUAAAGCUUGUAUUUUUGAAGCCAAUUUUACUGAAAAGGAUCAGCCUCUUAAGAAGCAAGUUCAAGAUUAUUUAAAAGGAAUUGGAGAAUUAACGGCACCGUCUAUUGCUCAAAGUGUGGGUUUUUAUAAAAUGAACGAUAAAAAUAACGUAGCCGAUUUAGAAACUAUCACUGAUGUAGUUAAAUCCUCAGAAGUGGAAAAAAUGUACUCCCGUUGGACAAACGAAUCUUUUCAAGACGUUUGCAAAAACAAAACAUGUAUCGGCUUUUUAUUAGCAAAUCUGUUUCCAAAAUCAAUAGGAACUAUCAGACUUAAAAGCAAAAAUCCUUUCGAAUACCCCCUAAUCGAUCUUAAAUUAUUAUCUGAUCCAAAAGGUGAAGAUAUCGACAUUCUGUUUAGGGGAAUACAGUUUGUAUUUAGACUUAUUAACACGUCUGCUUAUAAAAAACUUGGUUUGCGUUAUAUUACUAAAACUGUCCCAGAUUGUAAAAAGCACAAAUUUAGAAGUAGAGCAUAUUGGUACUGUCAGUUAAGACAACUCACUACAACUGGGUAUCAUCCAGUAGGAACGUGUGCCAUGAGCAGAACAAGAAGUGAUGGUGGUGUUGUCAAUUCUAAAUUAGAAGUAUUCGGUAUAGAAGGAUUACGGAUAGCAGACGCUAGUGUUUUUCCUACUCCCUUGGCAAGUCAUCCUAGUGCGGCAUGUGUAAUGAUAGGCGAAAAGAUAUCUGAUGAAAUUAAAACGCAAUAUAAAAGAUAAAAAUAUUAUCUGAAUAUCUACAUAAAUGUGUUUUAAUACACUCACCGUCAAAAUUAACCGCCCAGAUUGUAUUUUUUUCAAUUUGCAGAAAUUAUAUUGGACCACAUUUUAUGAAAGAU